UUUUUCUACUGGGUUUCUCUCUUUCAGCCGUUUUUUUCGGGAUUUUCUGAGUGAGAAAAAAAAAGGUUACACUAAAAUGGGAAGGGGUAGGGUGCAGCUUAAGCGAAUCGAGAACAAGAUCAGCCGGCAAGUGACGUUCUCCAAGCGGCGGACUGGGUUGCUCAAGAAAGCUCAUGAGAUCUCGGUUCUGUGCGAUGCUGAGGUUGCUUUGAUUGUCUUCUCCACCAAAGGGAAGCUCUUUGAGUUUUCCUCCGAUUCCAGCAUGGACAGGACUCUGGAACGAUAUGAAAGGUACUCAUUUGCCGAACGACAGCAAAUGCCAACUGAUUCUGAGUCACAGGGAAGCUGGUCUCUGGAAUUCCCCAAGCUUUCGGCUAGGAUUGAAGUUUUAGAAAGGAACAUAAGGAACCUCUUUGGAGAUGAUUUGGACCCCUUGGGUUUGAGAGAGCUUCAAAAUCUGGAGCAACAGCUCGAUACAGGUCUGAAACGCCUACGAACAAGAAAGAACCAAGUUAUGCAUGAAUCCAUUAUGGAGCUGCAGAAGAAGGAAAGAGCCUUGCAGGAGCAGAAUAACCUGCUGUCGAAAAAGAUCAAGGAAAAUGCGAAGGCAGUGGCCGAGCAUGCACACCUAGAGCAACCAGGCAUAGGCCAAAACUUAUCCACCUUCAUGUUAUCCCCACCACAACAGCCACAGCCACAGCUACAGCCACAGCCACCGACGCUACCACUUCCUUCUCUAACUAUUGGAGGUACUUUCCAGGCAGGAGUACGAGAUGAGGAAGCUGGAGGUCAGGCUCAUCCUAGUACCACUAGCCUCAUGCCACCAUGGAUGCUUCGCCAUAUAAAUGGAUAAAGACUUUUCGAGCCACCAAAGUGGUUUCGGAAGCGGGAGCUACAACAUUUUGUUAACCCUCCAUCUUGUAUAUCUUUCUAUGAUGA